AGACAUGUUUUGCUCAUGGCUGAGCCAGUCCAAGUCACCAACUUCAGUGGCUCUCUUACCUCUUCCAGACCUGGGACUGGGUUUCAGAGAGAAAACUAGUUCUUCCAACUCUCCCUGCCCCUAGGGUGGAGGGCAGCUUCCAACAGAAGCCCUCCCUCUGUCUCCUCCAUUCUGUUUGGGCUGUGGGCACAGUGCCAACAGGCAGAACAGAGCAGCUCAGACAACCCUGCUACACCUCAGAUAAGCCCAGUGUCCGCUCUCAGAGACACUGUCCCUCUGUAGCAAUCCCCAACAUCCCUAUCUUCCUGAGGCUACUCUUUCAGGACAGAACUGUCCCAGUUUUCCUGGCUCUGUGAUUAUAGGCCUGUCAGUGAAGCAAGGGUGCUAACCAAAACUGAGGGCUGGGGGCAGGGUGGCCGCUUUGACUGAGUACAGGCCAGUGAUGCCCAGCUCAGCUUUCAAUUCCCAGGGCACAGUUUAGCUGGCAGGCUGAAUGGAACAGGCAGGCAGUGAAACACAUGGGGCCUGCAGACCCUGGGGACUUCACCACCCUGCCUGUGUGGCAGUACCCUCCCUUCACUCUGUGGUACUCAGCAGCUGGACACUUGAGAGAGCACACAGUCCUGAUCAGUGGUAGCCCUCUCUCUUCUUCGUGGGUCUCCACACUGAUCAUCCCCGUGGGAACACAGCAGGAGCCCAGGGAAUCCUUAAGAUUUGGGUCAAAGGACCCGGAAGCUGAUGCAAGGAGAGUAGGUAGGUCCUCCAGCUAGCUUAGAAAAGCCCCGCCAGGCUGUCAUGUGAUGCUGCCCCGCCUGUCACAUGACCUUUGUCACGUGACCACCGGCGCCCUUCUCAGAAUCAGGCAUGAGCUUCCAGUCUGUUGUCCCUGUGGACCAUGGGGUCCCUUCCUGGGUCCUGGUCCUGCUGUUGGCACUGGGGUUGUGCACCCUCCAGGCCAGAGCCGACAGAUUUCUGGACCCUGGCUUUCGGGAAAACUAUUUUGAGCAAUACAUGGACCAUUUCAACUUUGAGAGUUUCGGCAACAAAACCUUUGGCCAACGGUUCCUGGUGUCAGAUAAGUUCUGGAAGAUGGGCGAGGGGCCCAUUUUCUUCUACACAGGGAAUGAGGGGGACAUCUGGUCCUUCGCUAACAACUCUGGCUUCAUGGUGGAACUGGCAGCCCAGCAGGGAGCCCUGCUUGUCUUUGCUGAGCACCGGUACUAUGGAAAAUCGCUUCCAUUUGGUGUGCAGUCCACACAGCGGGGAUAUACACAGCUGCUGACCGUGGAGCAGGCACUGGCAGACUUUGCUGUGCUGCUCCAGGCCCUGCGGCAGGAUCUCGGGGCCCAGGAUGCCCCCACCAUAGCCUUUGGAGGAAGUUAUGGGGGAAUGCUGAGCGCCUACAUGAGGAUGAAGUAUCCCCACCUGGUGGCUGGGGCACUAGCAGCCAGUGCUCCUGUCGUAGCUGUUGCAGGCCUUGGAAACUCCUACCAAUUCUUCCGAGACGUCACAGCGGAUUUCUAUGGCCAGAGUCCCAAGUGUGCCCAGGCUGUGCGGGAUGCCUUCCAGCAAAUCAAAGAUUUGUUCCUCCAGGGAGCCUAUGACACCAUCAGCCACAACUUUGGUACCUGUCAGCCACUUUCCAGUCCAAAGGACCUGACUCAGCUCUUUGGGUUUGCCCGGAAUGCAUUUACUGUGCUCGCCAUGAUGGACUACCCAUAUCCUACUGACUUUCUAGGUCAACUUCCUGCCAACCCCGUCAGGGUAGGCUGUGAACGGCUGCUGAGUGAAGGACACAGAAUCAUGGGUCUACGAGCACUGGCAGGGCUGGUCUACAACUCCUCUGGCAUGGAGCCCUGUUAUGACAUCUACCGCCUGUACAAAAGCUGCGCUGACCCCACUGGAUGUGGCACUGGUUCUGAUGCCAACGCCUGGGACUAUCAGGCCUGUACGGAGAUCAAUCUGACCUUUGACAGCAACAACGUGACUGACAUGUUCCCUGAAAUCCCGUUCUCUGAUGAACUCCGCCAGCAAUACUGCCUGGAUACAUGGGGCGUGUGGCCGCGGUCAGACUGGCUGCAGACCAGCUUCUGGGGUGGCGAUCUUAAAACUGCCAGCAACAUCAUUUUCUCCAAUGGUGACCUAGACCCCUGGGCAGGGGGUGGGAUUCUUCCAACAGAUCCAGAGCAACCUGAGUACAUCAGUCAUUGCUGUCACCAUUCAGGGGGGAGCACAUCACCUAGACCUCAGAGCAUCUAACUCAAAAGACCCCCCAUCUGUUGUGGAUGUGCGGAAGCUGGAGGCUACCCUCAUUCGAGAAUGGGUAGAGGCAGCCAGGCCAAAACAGCACUCUUCCAGCUAAGACCUAACAGGAUCCACUCCCUUGUUCUGUGUGAGCAAUUAUGGCAUGACAACUUGCCUCACAUCUGAAGGACUGUCCAGAUCCACAGUGGCCUGCCCAGGGUAGACUUUACGCAAGGGGCUGCUGGUAGAUGGAAGAAACUGAAUAAACAUAUGGUUGGGCCAGA